UCGCGGGCACCGCGAGCCAAGACCCGGGACCAUCCCGUUAGCGCAGCGCGUGUCGGCCGUGCUCUCCGUGUCUUGCGCAUUUUGACAGAAUGGAUUAGAGGAAACCGAUAAGAAAAAUACAACCGGAGUACGAAUAUUCGGGAUGCUUGUGCUUGUUUAGUUAACUGCGCCUGCGUUUAAUCCGUCUCCAGACCGGAUAGUGACUGCUUUGCAUUCGUGUGCCACCAGCACCGUGACAUGUGUGCGCUCGACGCGCGGUGCACUGUAGAGCUGCACUGUAACGCUUUUGAAACGUUUUGAGACUGAAGAACAACUUAAGUCAUGGACUUUUUAUACAAAGUUUUAAACGUGGCUGCUCUUGUGAGCGCUCUCCAGGUGUGUGGUGACGAUGUUGUGAGGUCCAUACAUCCAGGGCUGGAUGUGCUGUCCACAGCCUCACAUUACUGGCCACUGGAUGCAGUGGACGGGAUCCACAGCCUAUUGGACCUCAUUGGGAACAGAACAGGUCAUGUUAAUGGGAGUAAUAUAACACUAAGAGUCCACAACCACACUGUCCUGCCUUCUCAUAAUACUUCUUCUGUGUACACCAAUGACUCUGCCCACACUAACAUUUCCGUCUCUGUAGACAUCGUGGAGGGAGUGGUGAACAAGGGCAUCUAUCUGAGCGGAGACAGCAGUGCCACCUUCCUCCAUUUUGGCAACUAUAAGAACUCGUGCAUCAGUGACCCCAUUCUGUGUGGACCAGAGGGGAUCACGUUCUCCUUCUUCUGGAAGAACCAGGAGUUGGAAUCGCGCUUUGCCAUGACAUCAGGAGGGAAGAUCAUCUCCAACGGCUUCUCCGUGUUCACGAACCCCUUAGGGGGGUACGUGGAGUUCUACACCAGGGGCAACUCCCGACGAUGGAGAGUGCACAUCAAACCGCCAGGACCUUUCUGGACACACAUCCUCUUCACGUGGACUCAGGCCAAAGGCCUGAAGGUCUUCAUAAACGGCACCUUCAAUGUCAGCGACGAGAAAGGACCUGUGUCCCAAAACUACGGCGACACACAGACCGACCUGGUGAUUGGCACCGGCAACAGCCACAGCUAUGGACACUACGUGACCGGCGCCUUUGAUGAGUUUGUCAUUUGGGAGAGAGCUCUUUCACCCACCGAGAUCUGCUUUUACUACAAGGCAGCCACAGGUCAGAAAGCCAAUUACCCUACAACCACUGACUCUCCCUCAUCCUAUGCCAGCUCCACAGACAGUAUGGGUCUGCAGGUGGCCACUACCUUUGCCCAUCUCAUAGUCUCCAGCGUGUCAGAUGAGGUUCCAGUGCUCCAGGACGUCGAGGUGCUGCCUGUUCUGGAUUUCCUGCUGUCUCUGCCCUUCACCCUACCCAACAGGACCAUUCCCCAGAAUGCAGUCCAGAACCUCACCCAGUCCUUUCUGAAGAGCGUGGACGAGGUGAUGUCGUCCAGCCGGAGAGAGGAUGAGGAGUGGACUCCUGUGGUCAGUGGACUCAUAGACACAGUGGACAAAGUCAUGGUGCACAUGGGGUCAAACCUUGAAUCCAACCCAAGCUCCAUUGUCUCCAUUGGGGGGAAAAGCUAUGUUGCAGACUACUCUCUGAUGAAGAUCCCUCAGAACUACAACCUAUCCAGCUAUAGGUUUCCCCCAGAGGGCAAGAGCUAUAUCUCUGUGCCUGGAGAGGCCUUCACAAUGCAGUCCCAGACCACCAUCGUGGGCCUUUUCUACCACAAUAUGCACAUCUACUACAAACAGAUCAGCCCUCUACGAACCAGGAUCGACGAGGCGGUGGAGUUCAAGGACCAUGCGAUCCAGGUGGCCAGCUACCUAAUCUCUCUGAAGGUGGAGCCCUCACCCACCCUCUCAGUCAACCUGUCCACGGAGCCUCUCAUUCGGAUCAUCCUCACCCACCAACUGAACACAGUGCAUCAGAUGCAGGCCUUGAACCAGAGCAGUAAAGUCUUGCUCUACUGUGCUUUCCUGGACUACAGCUCUAAGGAAGGCGUCUGGUCCAACGAGGGUUGUAUGAGAACAGGAGGCAACCUGUCCUACUCCGUGUGUGUGUGCAACCACCUCACCAACUUCGCCAUACUCAUGCAGGUCAUACCUAUGGAGCUCUCCAAGAACCACCAGGUGGCGCUCUCUACCAUUACCUAUGUGGGCUGCUCUGUCUCCAUCUUCUGUCUGGCCAUCACCCUGGUCACUUUCGCCGUGCUCUCGUCUGUGAGCACCAUCCGGAACCAGCGCUACCAUAUACAUGCCAACCUGUCCUUUGCCAUCCUGGUGGCCCAGAUCCUACUGCUCAUCAGCUUCCGCUUUGAGCCUGGCACAAUGCCCUGUAAGGUGAUGGCGGUGCUGCUGCACUUCCUCUUCCUGUGUGCAUUCGCCUGGAUGCUGGUGGAGGGGCUGCACCUCUACAGCAUGGUGGUCAGAGUCUUCGGCUCCGAGGACAGCAAGCACUUCUACUACUACGGAAUCGGCUGGGGGUCCCCGCUGGUCAUCUGUGUGGUGUCCAUAACGUCGUCACUGGACAGUUACGGGGAGGUCGGAAACUGCUGGCUGUCUCUGGAGGACGGAGCCGUUUGGGCCUUCGUAGCACCAGCUCUUCUUGUCAUUACGGUAAAUAUCGGCAUUCUCAUUGCUGUUACCAGGAUCAUCUCCAGAAUCAGUGCAGAGAACUACAAAGUGCACAGAGAUGCUACGUCCCUCAAGCUUACUGCUAAAGCCGUGGCCGUGCUCCUGCCUAUUCUGGGGAUCUCCUGGAUCUUUGGUGUUGUGGCGGUGAAUGAUCACUCUCUGCUCUUCCAGUACCUGUUUGCAGCCUUCAACUCCCUGCAGGGCUUCUUCAUCUUCCUGUUCCACUGUCUGCUGAACUCGGAGGUGAGAGCCGCCUUCAAGCACAAGACCAAAGUGUGGUCCCUAACCAGCAGCUCCAUCCGCAACAUCAACGUCAAGCCCUUCAACUCAGACAUCAUGAACGGUAACAAAGUGGGAGGGAGCCCCACCAAGAUGAACACGUGGGACAAGAGCACCAACUCAGCCAAUCGCAUCGACCUGUCGGCAGUCUAAGAGUUGAGCGGCACAGCGGACGGCCAAUGGCAGCUCAGCAACAGGACUUGGCACGGACAGCAGAAAUAGCGUUUUCGCUCAGACACACUGGCUGUUUUGGCCACAGUUCUUUCCUCAUGUGGCCCCAAGGUUUGGAGAACUUCUCCCGGGACCUGAGAGAAUCUGCUGGUUCUGCCAGCUGGUAGCUGUGUUGGUAGCUGUGUUGGUAGUUGUGUUGGUAGCUGUGCUGGUAGCUGUGCUGGUAGCUGUGUUGUACUCGACUCUGAUGUCCCUCCCACCUCACUCCUCAAACAUUAACAGGGUUUAGAUCAGUAAUACGUUACAGAUGAAAACACAAGAUUCGUGUUGGAUGAGUGUGCUCUGUUAAAAUACAAAAUGUUCUCCUUCUAGUAUUCUAGUAAUUCUAGUAACUGUUGUAUUCCACUGUUGUCUACUACUUGAUACUAAACUGUGAUGCAAGAUAUUUGCUGGGGAAGCGAACUCUCCAACAGAGAGCCUAUUACAGCACUCUCUCCUGCUCUGAUCCAAUGAACCACCAAAACAUUAGGCCUGUGUGACAUAUAGACAUUAUAGCUGUUUCCGUCAGGCCUGUGUGACAUAUAGACCUUCUAGCUGUUUCCAUCAGGCCUGUGUGACAUAUAGACCUUCUUAUAUUUUCCAUCAGGCCUGUGUGACAUAUAGACCUUCUAAUAUUUUCCAUCAGGCCUGUGUGACAUAUAGACCUGCUAGCUAUUUUCAUCAGGCCUGUGUGACAUAUAGACCUUCUAUCAGUAUCCAACAGACCUGGAUGACAUAUAGACCUUCUACCAGUUUCCAUCACGCCUGUGUGACAUAUAGACCUUCUAAUAUUUUCCAUCAGGCCUGUGUGACAUAUAGACCUUCUAAUAUUUUCCAUCAGGCGUGUGUGACAUAUAGACCUUCUAGAAGGUUCCAUCAGGCCUGUGUGACAUAUAGACCUUCUAGCAGUUUCCAUCAGGCCUGUGUGACAUAUAGACCUUCUAGCAGUUUCCAUCAGGCGUGUGUGACAUAUAGAACUUCUAAUAUUUUCCAUCAGGCCUUUGUGACAUAUAGACCUUCUAGCAGUUUCCAUCAGACCUGGGUGACAUAUAGACCUUCUACCAGUUUCCAUCAGACCUGUGUGACAUAUAGACCUUCUAGCUGUUUCCAUCAGGCCUGUGUGACAAUAAGAACUUCUAGAUGUUUCUAUUAGGCCUGUGUGACAUAGACCUUCUACCAGUUUCCAUCAGACAUGUGUGACAUAUAGACCUUUUAGCUGUUUCCAUCAGGCCUGUGUGACAUAUAGAACUUCUAAUAUUUUCCAUCAGGCCUUUGUGACAUAUAGACCUUCUAGCAGUUUCCAUCAGACCUGGGUGACAUAUAGACCUUCUACCAGUUUCCAUCAGACCUGUGUGAUAUAUAGACCUUCUAGCUGUUUCCAUCAGGCCUGUGUGACAAUAAGAACUUCUAGAUGUUUCUAUCAGGCCUGUGUGACAUAGACCUUCUAGCAGUUUCCAUCAGGUCUGGGUGACAUAUAGACCUUCUAGCAGUUUCCAUCAGACAUGUGUGACAUAUAGACCUUUUAGCUGUUUCCAUCAGGCCUGUGUGACAUAUAGAACUUCUAAUAUUUUCCAUCAGGCCUUUGUGACAUAUAGACCUUCUAGCAGUUUCCAUCAGACCUGGGUGACAUAUAGACCUUCUACCAGUUUCCAUCAGACCUGUGUGAUAUAUAGACCUUCUAGCUGUUUCCAUCAGGCCUGUGUGACAAUAAGAACUUCUAGAUGUUUCUAUCAGGCCUGUGUGACAUAGACCUUCUAGCAGUUUCCAUCAGACCUGGGUGACAUAUAGACCUUCUACCAGUUUCCAUCAGACAUGUGUGACAUAUAGACCUUUUAGCUGUUUCCAUCAGGCCUGUGUGACAUAUAGACCUUCUAGCAGUUCACUCUCAGUGUCGUGUGAGCAUAUACCCGCUGCAGUGGACCCAGUGACACAGCACCUGACACCACACACACAGCCCAGUGUGUCUCCUCCCAUGUGCUCGUAGAGAAAAAUGGUUUAUGUAAUUGUGGAACUCGCUGGGUCCGUUUUUUCCCUCACUCUUAUGAUGUUCUCGUCCUCCAGAAAUGUCCCACACCAUAAAUGGUCUUAAUGCAGCUUUUGCAAUGAAGCUCAUCAAAUGUUCAGCCUCGUGGAGAAUCCAGACUUGUGCAAGUCACAUUUUAACAUACUUCAAAUCUAUAAGGUUCCCAGCUAUGAGUUAAGACCCUAACCCUAACUCUAUACAGAGGAGGACGCUCGGACACCAGCUGUCACUGAACAGGUCCAAACACUGAACACUGGACAGGCUCUCCGAUCAGUCAUCAUGGCGUCACGAUGUUGUUGAACAGUAAUAUGUGAAAUCACUCAUUCAUUGAUUUACUGUGACUGUGUAUGAGUCUUUUAAAUGGUUGUCCAGGUUGAUGCUGGAUGCUGACACCACCAUGAGAAACUCGAUAUAUCAGGAUAUCAGUACAUCCCAUAUUUCCAUUGAAUUUCAUUGAAAUGAAAACGAUAGUUGAAAUAGUGAAAGUGAGGAGUGGAUCUUUGUCAUUAAGACAUGCUUCACCGCUCAUUCUGAAUGGAACACUUCUGCUCUGGCAAAUCACUCUCACAGUCAGUGCUCGGCAAUCAGAAGUCAGUGGUCAGUAGUCAGUAGCUUCCCAAAUCAUUUGAGCCUCGUUUUCCCAUGCGGACGCUCUGUUAUUCCCAGUAAAGUAAACCAAGUGUAUGUUCAGGCUUGGUGUCCACCUCUAGGGCUCUUUCUACCCUCUGCUUGUGUACGCAUUUGUCAUCGUCAGUAAAAUGAUUCCCAUUGCAAUUCAGUACAUUCUGAAUCGUUAGGUCAGUACCUACUUAAUACUCUGGCCAAAUGCUGGUGGGAAAACAGCUCCCAGCUGAGGGAAUGUCACACUGAGGACCUGUGAAAUGUGACAGGCUUAGUAUCCAGGCUCGGGUCACGAGGUCGGAAUUCACCCUCUAAGAGCUUGCUACAUCUGUAGAGCUCCGCUAAGAUGACAGCGUGACACGUUAAAAAAACGCGGCGGGUGGGUCGCCACGUAGCCGUCUCAGAUCUGUCCGAAGGCUAGCUAGUAACGGCGCAGAUGCUCCGCGGCACUUUUUUCAGGAAAAAAGUCCAGCUUCCGAGCCAGAAUGGAACUGGAAUGGGGGGGUUUCCAAUGGAAGUCAAAGUUCUUCAUCUACAUUCAGUUAUUACACUCGAACAGCUGCCUUGUACCAUAGUUAUUUAAGGUGUUAAAUUAUGUAACAUUGUAUUUUGCUUUGUUUUUUGGUUGUUGUUUUUGUUGUAUUUGUUUGCUUAUUUUACUCUGGAGAAUUCUCCUAAAAGGGACAUUCAGUGUUUCGCACCAUUUCAUGUGCGGCCUUUAUGUUUAGUGUAGAUGUAAGGUGUGAAGUGUGCCAUCGCAUCACUCCUCACUCCUAACAGACAGACGAUAUGUCUGCUCGCCGUCACGUGAUCCGCCUCUGCUGACGGACACGCGCGUGGCCGGGUUGAAGGAAACAGGGAUGCGGUAUGAAGGCCACGCUCCACGUCUGCAGGGAGCGCACACACGCGGACCUCAGACUCGUCACGCUGAGACGUAAGGCACGCAGGGAGGAGAACACGACGACAGUAGUGAUGAUGGGGAGGGAGCUCUGUGUGUUUUGAGUUUUGUCUGUGUACAGACGUCAGAGCUGUUUGGAAGACCAACCACGUGAGUCAGGUGCCUUCUCCGAAGCCUCGGUUCUUUUUCUUACUGUACUGUCUGUCAUAGAAAUAGAGUUUUGGUUUAUGGUUGUUUAUUUGUUUGUCUGUGUUUAAUCCUGACAAAGAAAGUGAGACUUACACUCUUCCAUUAAAGUGAACAAAAAUAAAGCUCGAUGUAUAGCAGUA